AUGAAGUCGGCAUGCAGAAAGCUUGGAAUCAAGAAAUGGCCCUACAGAUCAGUUCAGAGCAAGCAGAGCGCAAGCCGAACAACGUCAAAAGCAUGCAGAACAGGCUCGAAAACUGCAUGCAUGGUGGACGAUCAAACUUUCAAGGAUGCGGAACUCCUUGCGGAGACUCUGAAGCUGCUCCAACAAAGCGGUGGAUCGGACGACCAGAACAAGAGCUCGUCAGUUGCCAACCUACUGAACUAA